AUGCCAGGUCUCAGAGCGGCUUUCAAAGGACUCUUGAAGCGGUCGCAUAGCACGGGCAGCUCCUCGGCAGAAGCCCAGCCGCCGGUGCAAGCCUCUGCCUCUGCGGUAGCGGUAGGCAGCCCAAGCAGAAGCAGCUCUCGUCAAUCAUCUCCGCAUAUCCCUCUCAAGAGCCCGUCCAAGUUUAGUGUCCAGGACAGCAUCCGAGAGGAAGAGGCCGACGAUCACUUCCACGACGCUGCCGAGACGAGUCCGCGCCCGCCGACUCUUCGUCCUGCCAGCAACAGCAACAGCGCCAGCACCGCCGCUGCUCCUCCGACACCCGGCGCCCGUGCUCCAGACAUUGAUCAGCCAACCGUCGACCUCGACGACGACGACGCGACCAACCAAGACCGACAUGGGAUAUCGAGCCACUCAGACAAGCCAUCCCUAACUCUGCAGUGUGCCACGCCCGAAGCCGGCAAGCACAUCGACGCCGAACUCCGCAGCCUCCGUCCUCAAUCUGUCCACUCCCGUCCUCACUCUCCACUAUCCAUACGCGCGCAGCCGUCCCCAUCUCUUCCGUCGUUGCCGCCUCCUCCGCCCAAACGUCCAUCUGAGAACACAGUCCGCCGACAGUCCCUCUUAACCGGCGCCAACGCUCCUAUCAUUCGUGCUCUACUCAGCCCCACCACCGUUUCUCAAUUCCCGCUACCUCCUUCAACCCCUCCGGCUACCAUUGAAGCCUCGGACUACUUUGUUGACGCUCCCGUCCCUAAACUUCCAAAUAUUGCUAGCAUGUUGACUCGAAAAGUAUGGGUCAAAAGGCCCAAUGCCUCUCCCACAAUGGUCACUGUGCGCGAGGAUGACCUUGUUGAUGAUGUACGAGAUCUUGUUAUGAGAAAAUACGGCAAUUCUUUGGGCAGAAGUUACGACUCGCCAGACCUUGUCCUGCGCAUCGUCAGUAGACUCGACGAGACCGGCAAGCGUGGCCCGGAGCGCAUUCUUGGUCCAGAUGAAGACAUUUGUCGCACACUGGACUCAUAUUAUACUGGCGGCCAAACCGCUGAAGAGGCUCUCCUCAUCGAAACCCCUCCACGCCGUACACCCCGCCCUUCGCCUCGAAUCUACCAUGGUGCAUCAUACGCCGCUCUAGACGACUACCGUCCUGCCGAGACAGGAAGCGACUACUUCCCUCCUAUGCCAGCCGUCCAGCUCCCAACAAAUGUCCCCGGCCAACCUCCAGUGCAGCAGACACUGCACCCGGAGCCGCCGCGCUCAAUAGCCGUCUUGAACACUGGUCAAAUUCCUGUCCUGCCGUCGCCGGGUAGUGCCCGCCGUCACCGCGAUCCUCGUGACCCUCGUCCCAAGUUCAACCGCCAACACACCUCAUCUCCCACCAUCAUGACACACAACCCUCCACCUACAACCAUGCCUCUCAAUGCAUCCAACCUCGCUGUUUCUCAACACAUGCCUUCAAUUCGCCAGGGCCGUCCAAGAGUUGGCUCCACCGCUUCCGAACAACAAGGCCAUGCUAUCCCGGCUGCGCCCCCUCUCCCAACACCUCCUGCUGCUGAGGCCGCUCCCACAGCUCACCCCGGCAGUUCACCGCCUACUCCUGCUUCUCAGAGUCAAAGCACCCUGAAGCCUGCUCGCCCUCGUCGCCAAAGAAAGCUCACACCUACAGACGGCACAGCCACUGUCAAAUCUCCCAACAAUGGCGCCAAAACUACGCUGCCCCCUUCUCUGCUCGAUGGUGCAGUCCCUCCUAUCAAUGUGUUGAUUGUCGAGGACAACAUUAUCAACUUAAGACUUCUGGAGGCGUUUAUGAAGCGUUUGAAGGUCAGAUGGAGCACCGCGUUGAACGGUCAGAUCGCUGUCAACAAAUGGCGAACUGGUGGCUUCCAUCUGGUUUUGAUGGAUAUUCAAAUGCCCAUCAUGAGCGGUCUGGAAGCAACAAAAGAAAUUCGUCGACUCGAAAGAGUCAACGGAAUUGGUGUCUUCAGCACCGCUGCUCCUGAACCGUAUACCGGCGAGAACGGAGAGGAACAGGACGAAGCUCAGAAGGAGAGAGAGGACGACAGGCUGGUCUCAGAUGGUGGUCUUUUCAAGAGUCCGGUCAUCAUUGUUGCCCUCACUGCAAGUUCUUUGCAAAGUGACAGACAUGAAGCUCUCGCCGCUGGUUGCAACGAUUUCUUGACAAAGCCUGUUAACUUCGUAUGGCUUGAACGUAAGGUCAAGGAAUGGGGCUGCAUGCAAGCUCUUAUCGACUUUGACGGCUGGCGCAAGUGGAAAGACUUUGAUGCCGAUAAGGCGGCAAAAGAGAAGAAGGCUAAGCGCCUUUCACGAGCCAGCGCAGAAGGACCCCCUAGAUCACCUCGCCCUGGAGCAGCGACGGAAACAUCAGCACAAAACAAUGGGGAAGCGACGAACGAAGCCGCAUAG